AUGACGUCGCCCCCUGAAAUACUUGACAUAGCUACAUGUGACGUCACGUUUGACCGUAGGCGUAGAGGAAUGUAUUGUAAGAACAGCGUCAUUCAGGAGUAUUGACCAGGAGAUACAGCUGCGAUCAGUGAACUUGUUAAAGCCCGAACGACAACGAUGCAGAAAGGAAGCGAGGAAGAGAAAGCGCCCCUUCUUGGGGACAAACGGGACCCCGAAAGCGACGGCGUGGUGAGAGAAGAAGGGGCUACAGCAGAGAUUAAGGUUGAAGACGAAAUAGAAACUACGGAUGGGGCAGAAGGGUCUGACGAUGUUGAUUCUAAAGUCGGAAAGAAACUGAAGCAAAAACUACACCGGAAGAAGAAGAAAAAGGAGAAAGAACUACAAGAGGUUCCAGAAGUGACAAUUUCAAACCCGGAGCAUGAGCCCAGGCCAACCAUUGAAGACCUCCAGCAGGCGGUGCAGGAAGCUGAGGACAUCAUGCGGGACAACAUCCAGAAACUACUGAACAACCGAGACCGGAAGCUGGAAAAUGUCCUGGAAAGAGCGGAGAGACUUCUCGACGUGGCCGACAACUUCGCGAAGGUGGCCAGGCGUGCUAAAAUCAAGAUGUGGCUGAGGUCCAAAAGGAGGACAAUCUGUAUCUGCACUACAGUGGUUCUAGUAGUAAUAGCCGGUGUGAUUGCCACUGUUGUCGUACUGAUCAGUAAUGGAAUCAUCAAGAUCAAGACUUAGCUUUUGAAUUUCUUCCCCUGGUCAUGACGAGAAAGACAGGGGAGGCUACGUGCAUUAUUUGAGAGGGCUUCGCAGGCACGCGGCGCGGCGGCAGUUGGCUAUAUAUAUAAUAUACACCUAACGACCCGUUACACGUAGCCUUUGCAUUUUGUUUACAGCUUCAUGUAUAUAUCUGGUGAUGGAAGCAGUGAGCCCCACCCUACGAUAAUGUAAAGAAAAGAGUUUGUCAUUAUUGUCGUACUGGAAAAUGAGGGAAUCAUCAAGAUCUAGCCUUAGCUUAAUACUUUCCCCGUUUCCUGUUUUGUUGUUUUUGUUUAGUGUAUUGUAAUACUACAACCACUGUAUAUUGUAUUCACAGUCGGUAUCAUACUAGUAGUUCAUUGUUCAUAUACAUAGUUAUGUGAGAAAAUUUGUGACAAACUCACGUGAUUUGCGGAAGGUACAUCAGGAAAUGUCGACAGGCGUCAUUUUGAUAUUAAAGUGACUUCGUCUUGUGUCUCCAAUUAAUUGUCACUUUUCAC